AUGGGCUUGAGAUUGGAAGAAGGUGUUCGUGAAGGACGAUUGAGAGAAGGUGGUUCGGCCGAGAAUUCCAUAAAUUAUGGGAAUGGGUUACCCAAGAACAAAGAACACGAUGCUAACGCUAUCUCGCAAGAGAAACGUAUGAGACUUCCAAGGAACAAUCAACCUCAUUAUCAUGUGGAGUUUGUAACUCCAGUUAUUAAUUCCGCUCCAAUCGUUCAAGCAGCACCGAGCUAUCAGUCGUGUUUUCAGCAACGUACAAAUCAACAAAAUCGUGCCCAGAGGCCUACAAAAUUUGACCCAAUUCCAGUGACUUAUACAGAGUUAUUUCCUGCUUUAAUUCAGAAGAAUUUGGUGCAAAUAAGAACUCCACCAGCUGCUCCGAAAGAGCUUUUAUGGUGGUAUAAGCCUGACAAACAUUAUGCAUUCUACCAAGGAACACCUAGUCAUGAUAUUGAGAAUUGUUUCACUUUGAAAGCUGAGGUAAGAAGGUUAAUACAAAGUGGUAUUUUGUCAUUUGAAGAUUCUAGUCCCAAUGUACAAGCUAAUUUGUUGCCCAAACAUGGCAAUACAACUGUGAACAUAGUCGAAGGAUGUCCAAGAAAGUACAUAGUUUUUGACGUCAAUCUAAUCAUAAGAUCCUUGGUUGAAAUGCACGCUACUUUAUGUCAAUUGAGCUAUUAUGAGCAUGACCAUGCUUCUUGCCAUGUUUGUUCUGGAGAUCCCCGAGGAUGUGUUGUUGUAAAAAACGAAUUACAAGAAAUGUUGGAUCAAAACCUUAUUCGGGUUAUAAGGGAUAGAAAUGAAGAUAAGCAUGAGGUGAAUGUCAUAGUUCCACAUUUCAAUCUCCAGAAACCGACUGUGAUUGCUUAUGAUGGUCAAAAGACUGGUGUUUCUCCGUUCGUUAUUCGUUUGGCGGGUCAUACGCCUUACGAGUCUGAUACAGUUGUACCUUACAAGUAUAAUGCUACUAUGAUGAAAGACGACAAAGAAGUGCCUAUUCCUGCUUUCUCGUCUGUUGUGAACAUCGUCGAUGUAAGUGGUGUGACCCGAAGUGGUCGGAUAUUUGCUGCUGCGGCUCCUAAGAGAACUGAAGAUAUGAUAGAGAAUUCAACUCAAGAGAAAACUUAUGUUAUACAAGUCAUUCAAUCCAGCAGUUGGAAUUAG